UUACAUUUUGUCACGUUUUGUUCUUUAUUUACUUUUCGUCACGUUUUGUUGUUCAUAGUAAUGAAUGGAGCCAAAGGGGCACAUCCAGUUCUUAUAAUACAUACAUGACAAGACCUCACUCUGUCACAAGUAUCCAUUCUUACACACACACACGAGUCACAGUUGAGCUCACACUGUCAUUUCACUCACUCAUAGCAACUGAGACUUUAGUAAAUCUGUUUCAGGGUUCGUAAAAGUGGUUUACACUUCCAGGCCACCGUAUGUUAGUGUGUGUGUGUGUGUGUGUGUGUGUGUGUGUGUGAGAGAGAGAGAUAGUGUGUGUGUCAUGAGGAUGAUCAUCAUGUGAUCAGCUGAUUCUGUGUUAAACCACUUCAUCACUUCAGCCUGAACACACACACACGCGUCAUGGACAGAAAGCUGGACCUGUCUCGUUUGACGGACGAUGAAGCCAAACACGUGUGGGACGUGAUUCAGCGAGAUUUUAACCUGCGCAAGAAAGAGGAGGAGAGACUCGGAGAUUUAAAGACAAAGAUAGAGAAGGAGGACACGAAGCGCGAGCUGCUGACGGUUCAGAGUAAACUGUCGGCGUGUGUGUGCGUGUGUUGUCUUCAGCCCUUUAAGUUCCUGCUCAACAGUAAGCGCUUGUGUCUGGACUGUCACAUGUUCACCUGUAAAACCUGCAGCCGCUACAACAAGAAGGAGCACGGCUGGGUGUGUGACAACUGCCGCAUGACCAGAGUGUUGAAGAUCGGCACUGCAGGCUGGUACCAUGACAACGUCAGAAACAGGUUCAAACGCUUUGGCAGUGCAAAGGUCAUGAGGUCACUGUACAAGAGGCUCAACGGAGAGGGUGGUCGUGAUGACGACACUCAGAGUAUGCCUGACGUGCGCAACUACAUGUAUAACGCUAACGAGGACGAGCAUGGAGACGUCGAGGCUCAGCGAUAUAAAGGGAUGAGGAAGAGUAAACGACUGUUGUCAGUUCAUCCUCUUGACUUUGACCCAGAAGAAUAUUCCUCUCACUCGCGACGAGCCUCUAUACAGAUGCAGGAGGAUCGUUUUUACAGGAAUGAUGUGGAUUAUGACGUUUACACCCAACGCAUGAACCGCAGGAAGAGUCUGGACCGCUACGCCAUGAGGCCCGAGGAGUACGUCGACAGCCGGAUGGUUCGGACUCGCUCUCUCUCUAAGAUCAGUUCUUCGGUUGCUCGGCAACAGUACGUGGACACGUCUGACGAGGACGAGUUCCCGCGGUAUCCACUCGUCUACCAACCACCGCCGCUGCCGCCGCACCGUCGCCGGAACAGCAGGACGUCUUCUCAGGAGAAUCUGGGACAAGCUCCGCCUAUUAAUGAGCUGAACAAACGUAUGUUGGCCAUCGAGAGUCUGCUGAGUCGUCUGGAGGAGAAGAUGACACCAGGUGAUGAGGCGUUGACGCCGUCGGCUCAGAACGAGGAGGAAAAGCUGAGGAGGAAACUGAGCGAGUUAGCGGGAAACCUGAGCGAUAAAGGCGUGUCUUCAGAGGACGAGGGCGGGAAGAAGACAUCUGUGGACAAAGGUCCAGGACCAGUGGUCACUCUGGACUCUCUAAAGGACAAAGAGCUGAGCUCGUCCAGUGACGAGGUGCCCACCGAGGCUCAGAAGAGAUCCAGUGCCUCCGCCCUCUGUGACCUCACCACUGAGGUCCUCAGAACCAUUAACGCCACAGAAAACGCCAUGGUCGCGUUCGGCCUCUCUGAACCGAGCCCACGCUCAAACAUAGGGGGCGCUGAUGUAAAGCAAGUGGACGAUGCGUUCAGGGAACUUGAGAAAAACGUGUACGUCACCGCAGGUCAAUCGUACGAACUAGAGAGCAAACUUCGUAAACUGGAGCAAAAUGCCAGAAACCGCUUCGGGGGGACGACGGACUCUGAGCUGUCGGAGCUGGAGGACGUGGUGGCGCUGACGGCCGCCAGAGUCCAGAGUGCUGAGAGCGAGGUUUCUGACAUAGAGAGUAAACUUGCUGCUCUCAGUGCUGCAGGCUCCAAGAAGAAGGUUUCUGUGUCUCAGAGGAAAAAGUCCACACAGGAUUUACUGAAAACUAAUGGAGCUCAGUGGAAGAACAACAUGUACUGAACCAAAGACCCAGAAACCUGAGACCAGAGAGCCGGACAACCUGAGACCAAAGACCCAGAAACCUGAGACCAGAGAGCCGGACAACCUGAGACCAAAGACCCAGAAACCUGAGACCAGAGAGCCGGACAACCUGAGACCAAAGACCCAGAAACCUGAGACCAGAGAGCCGGACAACCUGAGACCAAAGACCCGAAAUCUGAGACCAAAGACCCAGAAAUCUGAGACCUGAGAGCCGGACAACUUGAGACCAAAGACCCAGAAACCUGAGACCAAAGACCCAGAAACCUGAGACCAGAGAGCCAGAAACCUGAGACCAGAGACCUAGAAACCUGAGACCAGAGACCCAAAAAAAAUGAGACCAGAGACCCAGAAACCAUAGACCAGGGAGCUGGACAACCUGAGACCAGAGACUCAAAAACCCAAGACAUUAAUAGACCAUAACCCUUAAAUCAAACAUCAAAAGAACCUGAAACUUGAGGCACAAAAAUCCUGAGACCCUACCAUUCAAACCAAGAAUCAAAGUUAAUUUAGUUAAUCCAGAGGUUUAGUUAAUCCAGAGGUUUAGUUAGACCAGGUUUAGUUAAUACAGAGGUGUUUAAAUGUUUAAAAUUAAUAUAAUAUUAUUAGCUAAAAUACUAAUACAUGUUUUUAAAAAAAACAUAUUAAGAAAACAAAUAUAACAAAAAAGUUAAAAAAAACUGAUAAUAAACAUUUAUGAGGAAAAAAAAUAUUAAAAUACAUCAAAAUAUUUAAAUAAAACAUUAAAAAUAUUCUUCAAUAGUUUAUUUAAAAAACUUAUUUCAUCGAAGUUAAAGAAAUCUGUUUAUUAAACAUGAAUAAAAACAUACAUGUAUUGAUUAUUGAUUAUAGGCUGGAUGUUAUAGAUCAUUAUUUAGUUUAUUUGACUUAUUGAUUAGAAAUGGAAUUUAAAUUGAUGAUCACUGAUCAUUUGUCUGACACUGUUUGGAUUCAGAUCAAUAAACUAUUAAAAUAAUUGA